AGAAGAUCCGGACGUUGCUGUUUCUUUCAAAAUAACAGUGGUAUAUGUUUUGUACAGUGGGAUGAUUGCAUUUAUCUGCCAGUCCUGUGGUGUAAAUGUGAAGAUUGAAAGUUUCCCUGAGUCCAAGGUGUCUGAACCUCCUGAUGAAGACCAAGGUGUCUGAACCUCCUGAUGAAGACCAUGAGAUAUGAAUGAAAGCCUCAAAAAGGGCUGUGUUUACCGCACGGUGAUCAGCGCGCGAGCUGACCGUGACUCGCACAUCCCAUCAAAACACAUCGAAGAUCAGCAGGACACUGUGACCAUGACUUCUGUUUUCCUCACACCGGUCCUCUUUUUCCUCCUCCUGAGUCCGGCCUCCUGUGAGCCCAUGGAUUCUUCUGUCGAGGUUCUGACCAAUAGAAAUGCAGAUUUUGCCGCCCGGUUGUACAGAGCCAUCGCUAGCCGGACCGAUGAUAACGUUCUCCUGGCUCCAUUCACUCUGUCCACUGGACUCCUGGCACUGCUAAGUGCCACCAAUGGGUCAACCCAGGACCAGCUGAUGCAGGGGCUCACUUUGAUUGGACUGGACCCGCAGACCCUCCCAGAUCUGUUUCAGAAUCUGAGGGCCAUCGUGCUGCCGGAGGGUGGAGCCACGAACCUGCAGCAGGGCAUGGCCAUUCUUCCAGCCCAGAGCUACCAGGUGUUACCAUUCUACCUUGACCUGGUCCAGACAAAAUUUGGCGGGGAAGUCCAGAAUUUGGCCUACACAGCAACAGAGGAAGCCAUUGCCACCAUCAACCGCUUGGCCCAGGAGCGGACUAGUGACCGGGUCGAGGACCUUGUGACCAACCUUGACCCCCAGACCCAGCUGCUGAUCACCACUGCUGCCUUCUACCAGACCCGGUUCAGUCCAUCCUUUAACUCAUCCCUCUCACAGGAUGAACGUUUCUAUGUGGACAGAUAUCACGUUGUCAUGGUUCCCAUGAUGUUCAGUUCUGAUAAGUACUUCCUGGCGUAUGACCGCUCGGUGAAGGCCGGCGUGUUAAAGCUACCGAUGACAGAUGGGGCGGCCAUGUUGGUGGUUCUGCCUGAUGAAGAUGUGGACAUCACCACUGUUGAAGAGGAAAUGACAGCCGAGAAGAUCCUGGCCUGGAUCAGACAGCUCAAGAAGACGAAAUUGGAGGUGCAGCUGCCUCGAGUCCUGCAAACUCUUGACAUCACUCAGGUGUUUCAGGACGAUGCUGACAUCAGUAACAUGGGCGGGGCUAAAGGCCCCAAACUGACAGAGGUGCUUCAUAAAUCCAUCAUAUCUGUUGAUGAGAGCAGCGACAUCACCACAGGAGGUGGAGGCAGCGUGUUCUCUACUCUUCCUCCUCGACUGACCAUCAACAGACCUUUCAUCUUCAUCAUCUACUGGCAGCCCACCAGCAGCCUGCUGUUCAUGGGUCGCGUCGUUGACCCCACCAAGAAAUAAAACAACAAAGUUCACCUGAGAGGUUCCACCCACCCGACUAACACCUGUCAGAUUUACAUUCAAACAGUUAAAAAGAUACACAGGCAGUUUUUUUUGUUGUUGUUCUAGUGUUAUUCUAUUGUCUCGAGUGUUUACUUCUAGAGAAAAUCCACUCACUGUCCUCUAGUCCGGUGUCUCAGCCUGAGGGUAGGGACCCCCUAGGGCUUGGGAGAUCAGUCUGAGACGUCUUGAGAAAAUUUAAAAGGAAAACAAAAUAUAUUUAUGGUACCUUAAAUUACAUUUACUUUUUUCUGACGCUAGUUUCUAGCCUCUGACUCACCUUCCAAUGAAACAUCUCAGCAACCAUUAGGUAAUUGUGAUGAAAUAUGGUUCAUGUUCCCCUCAGGAUGAACUAUGAUUUCAUUGCUCCUGAUUUUUUUCUAGCACCAUCAUAAGAUUAACAUUUUAAAUAUGUUCAGUACUUUAAUUUGUGGUCAGAUACCUGCAGAACUAAUGAUGUUCUAUCAGCUUCACCUGUACACUUUUACUGCUAGUUAGCCAAUGUUAGCAUGCUAAUAGGCUAAACUGACAUGAUAAACAUAAGCAUUAUAUCUGCUAAACAUCAGCAUGUUAGCAGAAAGUUCAAAGUAGCACAGUGACUAAGUUCCGCUUCAGAGAGAUGCUACACCUGUGGGGUUGUGAGGUGACAUUAUAGCCACAGUGGUGCACAACUAAAGGUGCAUCAAACAACUCACACGGUGUUCAUAAAAGCUCAGCUUCUUUGUUAUAAUCUUUUCCCCGCUGAGGCUCGACAGCAAAAUCUGCAAAAAUCUGAGAUUUUACAGCAUCACGAGUGCUAGUAGUAGGUGGGAAAACCAGAACUACAAACUACUGCAAUUUACAGAAUUACUACUACUCAUCAUAAUGUGGUAGUUUUAAGCAUUGUCAGGUGUGGGAUGUAAAUAUCUUCCUCGACACUGAAACAUGAAGCUUAAGGUUCACCUUCUGAUGGAGACGUUAAUUCAUUAGUUACAAGUGUAACCACAUUUCUCUAAAGGUGACCUACCAGGUCUAAACAAGACUGAAACAUGUUGAGACAGACUAACAAUAUCCCAUCAGCCUUAGCUGGACUUUUAGGACAACUUAGCAUGUUAGCAUGACAUAUGUCAUACUCUGUGUACUGUAGUAUUCCUGCCUAAAAAUACUUGUGACUUUUUUUGCUGCUGUAUUUAAAUAUGUAGUACUCUUUAAAACCAUCUGCAUCCCAAACAUUAAAAUAAUUUCUUCCCCCAAA